AUGGCAAGUGAGGAAAAGGAGCACCUGAGGCUUUGGUGUGUUCUGGCAACCUGCCGGCCACAAGAUGAUGCUUUUACAAGCCGAAGGACGAGCAACGAGCACAGGUACACGUUCAAGAUGGAGCCGUUCGAGUAUGUCCACAAUGUUCAGUUGCUAAAGAAGCAGCGGUAUCAAUUUAUGUAUGCCUGCGACCUUGGGCAAUCCAUGUACGAUGCCUCCAUUUUUGCCCUGUCCUUUUGCUACAACAUGGAAUGCCAGCCACGAUCUUCAGAUGAAUUGACGAGGAACUUAACAACUGACAUUGGGUUGUUGUCCUUCGGUCAUUUGCGCUCCCCGAAGGUUCUUGGAAAUCUCAUGAACCCACUUCAGAACACCAAACUAGCACAGAAGCAGACUAGAAAGGAGGUCCUCUAUGACAGUGAAUGGCUGGAGGCGAUAGGACAGGCCCAGCCACUAGCGGAUUACCUGCAUUUUCUUGCUGAUGACGAGAUCUUCAUGAACGAGUCAGAUGAGGAAGAAGAUGAGGAAAAAGAUGAGGAAGAAGAUGAGGAAGACGAUGAGGAAGAAGAUGAGGAAGAAGAGGAGGAAAAGGAGUCUGAAGGUCUCCACGAAGACUCUAUGCAGCAUAAUUACAAUGAAUAUGAAUCUGCCCUAGACAAGUCUGUAAAGAUCAUCAAGAGCUUCAACAACUGUGAUUCUCACUUUAAACCACUGGAACAUCAAAUUCCUCUUCUCAGCUGUCGCACACUGUGUGAAGUCAUCGAAGUCUUGGCAGACCAUCAAGCUCCAUCCUCAAGUGCUCGAGGCUAUGUUCACCCAACCAACUGGAAGCCCGAAGGUUGCGACGCUCAACAUCUCAUUGAUGACCCGCGGUGUAAGCUGAAUCUGCCAGAAGAGGUGAUCCGCAUCGUUGGCAAUGCGGUCAGGAGGUUGAAGGAUCCAAACGCGUUUCGGAGUGGCCGAUGGUGCUGGACUGACUCCAAGUGCGCGGUGUUCGGGCAGAAGGCAGCCAAGAUGAACCCUCUUCGCUGGAGUAAAAGAAUGACUUUGACCGACAUGGCAGAAGAUCUCCGGACAUGUUGGCAGAAAGACGUGAGGGGUGUGACGAUCCUCUUCAACAAGAACAUUGUAAAGAGCUAUGCAGACCAAUAUAAUGCAAUUGAAGAGUUGCGCGAAGAGUUGCGUGACCUGAAGAGAAAGGAUGAACCAUUUCCUUCCGACACCUUCUUGAGGAUGCUGCAAGAAUUGGGAUCCUACUUUACAGUCAAGAAGUAUGAAGCCAAAGUGCCGGUAUGUAAGGAAAAAGAUGCCCAACACUGCGUGAACGGCCUGAACACCUACUAUUUUGUUUGUGAGCGAGCGUUGGGCGACAUUGAGGAGGCUGGUGCUGAUCUCCAGAAAAAGCUAAAGGAUCGGUGUGAGGAAUUGUGUCUCCGCAGGAGUGAAUUGAAGGUGAUUCGCAAGCAGAUGCGUUUGUAUGUGAGUGAAGGCAGCUUCUGGGCGAUUGUGGUUUCUCCGGUGAAGUUGAAUGAGGAUGGAUUGAAGUUGGUCCUUGAAGAGUUCGUCGACCAAAAGAGGUCCUCCUCUUUGGGGUGGGCAUGCGCUGAAGCUCCAUGGCAGGUGCCAGAUUUUGUAGCACCAGGAUUUCAGAACGUGGUGAACCUGGUGGAAGGUCUACGUGCAGAAAUCCAUGUUCCAAGCUUGGUGCUGCUGAGAGGCUCCUUCUUCAAGGACCUUGCAAGGCAGCUCAUCCAGAGAAAUGGCGAAGAGGCUGCACAAUGGCAGGUGCGUGUAGUCAACAACUACAGAGAUGUGGAAGACCAUGACUGGUUGAACCCUCACUGCAACGUUGAUCUGCACUUUGUGCAGAGCCUCCACUGGCCGACAUUGUAUUGGGAGAAGCCCGAGCUAUUGGAGCGAUUGAAGACCUUUGCAGAUCGCAGGCCUCAGAGCCAAGUUCUGCAUGCAGUUGCCUUCCUGAUUCAUGCCAUCCAGAAAGAUCCGGAGUGGUUGGGCAUGAGCCUGGACACCAUGAUGCAGGUCCUGAGCGAUACCGCUGCCGAGCCCAGUGAGGUCUUGAAGAAGGUGGUCAAGGCCUGUGGAGCUGCAGCCCAGAAAGGUGCAGAGAUCGAUGAAGAAGGCCGGUCUGCGCUGCACCGCGCUGCCCUCAAAGGAGAAAUCGAUGAGGUGGAGCGCCUGCUGGAAGCAGGUCUUGACAUCGAGGCCGAAGACAACCGCCGGAGUCGGCAGACACCGCUGCAUUUGGCCGUGCGGGAGGGCCACCUCGCCGUGGUGGACCGGCUCGUGGCCGCCCGCGCGGCCGUCGAGGCGAGGGAUGACUGGCGCCAGGGCCCCAACAAGUCUCAGGGUCAGACGCCACUCCACAUUGCGACUGAAGGGGGCCACUGUGAGGCGGCGCAGCGGCUCAUCGACGCCAGGGCCGAUCUCGAGGCCAAGGACGAUAAUGGCCGAGGUGGGUACACACCGCUGCAUCUGGCCGCGAAGUCUGGCCACCUCGCCGUGGUGGACCGGCUCGUGGCCGCCCGCGCGGACCUCGAGGCGUGGGGCCUAUUUGGUGAGACGCCCCUCCACCGUGCGGCCAAUUAUGGCCAUUGGGAGGUGGCGCAGCGGCUCAUCGAGGCCAGGGCCGAUCUCGAGGCCAAGGACCUUGCUGGUCGGACGCCGCUCCACUGGGCGGCCCGUGAGGGCCACUGUGAGGCGGCGCAGCGGCUCAUCGACGCCAGGGCCGAUCUCGAGGGCAAAGAUACUGAUGGUGAGACGCCCCUCCACCAUGCGGCCAAUUAUGGCCAUUGGGAGGUGGCGCAGCGGCUCAUCGAGGCCAGGGCCGAUCUCGAGGCCAAGGACAACUAUGGCAAAACCCCAUGGGAGAGGGCCAACAUGAAUGGAGAGGAGAAGGUCAUGGGUGUUUUGCGCCCUGUCCAAGUGGGCCUGCUGAGUGGUCGCACGGUCCGAUGUGACCCGAAUCCCUGCCUCACUGUUCGUGAGCUGCGAGAAGAAGCCCAGUCUAAGCUUGGGCGUGGGUUCCAGAUCCAGCAGCUCCUCACGCGCUCUGGACAAGUACUGCAAGACCCUUUGACGCUAGAAGAUGCUGGCGUCACUUACGGCGACUUCGUUACGGCCAUCGCUCCGGCCUCAGUCGCAGGAGAAGCAGCACGAGAACGAGAAGGUCUGUCUCUCUGCGUGGAUGCACGUCCUUCGACUGAUCUGCGAGUUGUUGAGCUCGAAGAGGAGGAGAAACCCUGCUGA